AUGAUCUUGCAUGCUCUUCAUUACCUGCACACAGAAUGUCACAUAAUCCAUACAGACCUUAAGCCCGACAAUAUAAUGGUGAAAAUCGAAGACCCGGCCAUCUUUGAUCGAGAUGCCAAGCAUGAAUUCGACAACCCACUGCCACAGAAGUACAUUGACGGACGCACUAUUUACCUCUCUCGAAAUAACUACGGGACGCUUGCUAAACCAACGGGAAUCAUCCAAAUUGUCGACUUUGAUUUCUCGGUUAGAACAACACCAGGACAAAUCCACACGGGUACCAUCCAAGCUGAGAUAUAUCGAGCGCCAGGAGUUAUCCUCAACGUUGGUUGCACGUAUUCGGCAGACAUAUGGAGCCUCGGUGUGAUAUUGUGGGACUUGCUCCAAGGCAAGGCACUUUUCAACCCUGCGACUCCUGAUGAACCAGAUGAAUACGACGACCAGACUCACUUGGGUCAAAUAACAGCACUGAUAGGGCCUCCUCCUAAGGAUUUUUUGUCCAAGGGUCAAAGAACUUCCAUGUUCUACCAGAAAACCGUCACGACGGCGCUGCUUCCAGGCUUCUUUCGCCUCUCCAGAGAAAUCAGGGAAAUGAUUUAUGACCUCGCCCUGGAACCUGUCGAAUUUAGCAACCUAUACACUGCCAAGACAGCAUACACCCCAGAAUCAUGUCCUCUGCUUUACAUUCACUGGAUGAUCACCGAAGAACUCCAACAUCGUCUCUACAAAAAGCACGCCAUAGUUAUCCCCUUUCAAGAACCCAGCGAAUACGUCAUCAGCAACAGAACUUUUGCGCAAGACAUAAACAAGACCACACGCAGGAUGAAGAUGCACACAGACAAAAUCAUUGUCGAGAUUGUGCAGACGAAAGAGGCGCGCUACCCGGAUAACUCAUUUGACAGAAACGGAAUAAGAAAAUACUACGGCGACUUCUGGAGAGAUCAUGAAGCAGGAGCCGACUUUCCGAGAAGAGUGGUGCAUGAACUUCUCUGGAUGAAGCAACACCUCCCUGCCGUACGGACUGUGAAGUUUGUUCUUUGGGAAGGUGAAUGGUUUAUGUAUCCGACAGCGUGGAUGGAACCUCUACAGAGGCUGUUAGACAACUGGAGCGAGUUGCAUAUCGAAGUGGAGAUUAACCUCUUUGACUACGAAGACCCGGACGCUUUUGACGGGGGCAUGAAUUUCAUCCAAGAAUGGUACCAUCACUGCGAGCCAAUCGAGAGAAUCUCGUUCUCUGCAAACGACUUUCACUGGGACGAUCAUGAGUUUGGGGACUAUUGGGGAUAUAGAAUCGAGCCCAGGUGUUUCGACGACGAGUACUGGGAAGAGAUGGACCCAGCCGAGAGAGACGCCAUUUUCGAGGCGGGAGAGGCUAGUGACCUUGUCUAUUUGGGAGAGGUAGAGUGCCGUCCCUUGUUUGUGAAGACAUACAUGGAUAGGGCUGGAGAAAAUUGA